CUAUCCGACCGCAGCCGGUUAGCUUGCUCUGCUGUGCUCUGCUCCAGCAAGUGUGAGUUAAGAGCUAGGAGGGAAGAAAUAGCUAGUGUUGCUUUGCUAGAACCACGAGGGAGUGCAACCAAAAGAUUUUACUUUGCGCAGAGGUCACAAGUGUGGUGAAAUUCUUCACAGGAGGAGGUGAAACAAGAGAACAUUUUGUUCUUCGGUUUUGUUUGAAAUUAUUCUUUGAAAAAAACCUUCCACCCUUGAACUCACUGCUGUGUUUUCAUUGGACAAGGUGGGACACAGUAGAUGAAGGGAAGAACAGGCGGCAAUAUUUUCAAGCUUGUGUUGUGCCUUACUGAGGUACAGCACUGAGGGAAUCUGGAAGAGAAGGAUAAACCAAGGCAUAUAUUGGAUAUACAAAACUUUUUUCUUUUGGAAAACCCUCCAGAGGAUUCGAUACAUUUCAGUGGGAAAGGGUGACUCUUCUUUGCUAUGCACAAGAACUCCCAUUCAGUCUGUAUCUGAGAGGAAUAUUUAGGAGAAACAUCCAGUAAAAAGACCAUGGAGUGGGACCACAGGGACAGAGAGCCCUGCUUGUCCCCAGCAGCAUUUGUCAAUCAGGUGCAAUACUCUAACAUCUUGGAAGGACGGUUUAAACAGCUGCAAGAUGAGCGUGAAGCAGUGCAGAAGAAGACCUUCACCAAAUGGGUGAACUCUCACUUGGGCCGAGUGACCUGCCGCAUUGGUGACUUGUACACAGACCUGCGCGAUGGCCGCAUGCUAAUCCGCCUUCUGGAAGUGCUCUCAGGAGAACAGCUGCCAAAGCCCACAAAGGGCCGGAUGCGUAUCCACUGCCUGGAGAAUGUUGAUAAAGCCCUGCAGUUUCUCAAGGAGCAAAAAGUCCAUCUAGAAAACAUGGGCUCACAUGACAUUGUGGACGGUAAUCACCGUCUCACCCUGGGUCUCAUUUGGACCAUCAUCCUUCGCUUCCAGAUCCAGGACAUCAGUGUGGAGACAGAAGACAACAAGGAGAAAAAAUCAGCUAAAGAUGCCCUGCUGCUUUGGUGCCAAAUGAAAACUGCUGGAUAUCCCAAUGUCAACAUCCACAACUUCACUACCAGCUGGAGGGACGGUCUGGCGUUCAAUGCCAUUGUGCACAAACACAGACCUGACCUGAUUGAGUUUGACAACCUAAAGAGGUCCAAUGCUCACUACAAUCUCCAGAAUGCUUUCAAUGUGGCUGAGAAGGAACUGGGGCUAACCAAGCUGCUGGACCCAGAAGACGUCAAUGUUGAUCAGCCUGAUGAAAAGUCCAUCAUCACCUAUGUGGCGACCUACUACCAUUACUUCUCCAAGAUGAAAGCACUGGCAGUGGAGGGCAAAAGAAUUGGCAAGGUGCUGGACUAUGCUAUUGAGGCUGACCAGCUGAUAGAGAAGUAUGAGACCCUGGCCUCAGAGCUGCUGCAGUGGAUUGAGCAAACCAUAGUGACGCUCAAUGACAGACAGCUAGCUAAUUCACUGAGUGCUGUGCAGAAUCAGCUCCAGGCUUUCAAUUCAUACCGGACUGUGGAGAAACCCCCCAAAUUUACAGAGAAAGGAAAUUUGGAGGUUCUCCUCUUUACUAUCCAGAGCAAGAUGCGCGCAAACAACCAGAAAGUCUACAUGCCAAGAGAGGGCAAACUCAUCUCUGACAUCAAUAAGGCAUGGGAGCGACUGGAAAAGGCAGAGCAUGAACGUGAGCUGGCACUGAGAAACGAGUUGAUUCGCCAGGAGAAGCUGGAGAUGCUCGCUGCUCGUUUUGACCGCAAAGCUGCUAUGCGGGAGACAUGGCUGAGUGAGAACCAGAGGCUAGUGUCUCAGGACAACUUUGGAACUGACUUGGGAGCAGUGGAAGCUGCCACCCGUAAACACGAGGCAAUCGAGACAGACAUUGGAGCAUACUGGGAGCGUGUGGCUGCUGUGGAGGCUGUAGCCAAAGAGCUGGAGGCAGAGGGAUACCACGAUGUGCGGCGUAUACUUGCACGAAGGGAUAAUGUGCUUCGACUCUGGGAAUACCUGAAAGAUCUUCUUGCUGCACGCAGGGAGCGUCUGAAUGCCCAUCGUGACUUACAGAGGUUGUUUCAGGAGAUGCGCUACAUCAUGGACUGGAUGGCAGACAUGAAGGGUCGUCUGCAGUCUCAGGACAGUGGCAAACAUUUGCAUGAUGUGUUAGACCUACUUCAGAAGCACACUCUGGUAGAGGCUGACAUUUCAGCUCGGGCAGAGAGAAUCAAGGCAGUGCAGGGAGCUGCAAAGCGCUUCACUUCCUAUGAACAGGCCUACAAACCAUGUGAGCCAGGACUAGUUAGUGAAAAGGUUGACCUGCUGGGUCAAGCCUAUGAGGAGCUUGGUCAGCUUUCUGGGAAACGCAGAGAGCGCCUAGAGGACUCUCGCCGCCUGUGGCAGUUCCUGUGGGAUCUCGGAGAGGAGGCAGCCUGGAUCAGAGAGCAGGAGCAGAUCCUGGCUAGUGGAGACUGUGGGCGUGACCUCACGUCUGCUCUUCACCUGCUUAGUAAACAUGAGGCUUUCAGGGAUGAGAUGGCAGCCCGCUAUGGCCCCCUGAGUAACAGCAUUGCUGCCGGGGAAGCUUUGGUUAAGGAGGGACACUUUGGAGCCCCAGAGGUCACAGAGAGGAUUCAAGACAUCCGUGCACAGUGGGCACAUCUGGAAGAGACAACUAAACUCAGAGAGCAGAAUCUUAAGGAAGCUGUGGCUCUGCAUCAGUUCCAAACAGAUGCCAAUGACAUGGAGGCCUGGAUCAUGGAGACAUUUAGACAGGUGUCAAGUCAGGAAGUGGGCCACGAUGAGUUCUCCACCCAGACUCUAGCUCGUAAGCAGAGGGAGAUAGAGGAGGAGAUCCAGAGUCACCGCCCCCUCAUCGACUCCUUGCAUGAGCAGGUCCAAGCACUACCACAGGCCUAUAUAGAAUUCCCUCAGGUGGAUGGCCGCCUACCUGCUAUUGAGCAGCGCUAUGAAGAACUGGAGUCUCUGUCAGCCGCUCGCCGGCAGGCACUUGAAGGUGCACUGGCUCUCUACCGCAUGUUCAGUGAAGCUGACGCCUGCCAGCUCUGGGUGGAAGAAAAGGAGCAGUGGUUACAUGGCAUGGAGAUCCCUACCAAACUGGAGGACUUAGAGGUGGUGCAGCAGAGAUUUGAUACUCUUGAACCUGAGAUGAACAACCUCGGCACUCGUGUCACUGAUGUGAACCAGGUGGCAGAGCAGCUCCUGAGCUCCGACAACUGUAGCAAAGACCAGAUCCACCAGACAAGAGACCAACUGAACAACAGAUGGGCAGAGUUUGAACAACUGGUUGGUCAAAAGAAACAAGCCCUAGAGUCUGCCCUUAACAUCCAAAACUACCACCUGGAGUGUAAUGAGAUCCAAACUUGGAUGAAGGAAAAGACCAAGGUGAUUGAAUCUACUCAGAGCCUGGGCAACGACCUGGCUGGGGUGAUGGCACUGCAACGCAAACUCACUGGCAUGGAGAGAGACCUGGAGGCCAUUCAGGGCAAAUUGGAUGACCUGACAAAGGAAGCAGAAAAGCUAGCCAAGGAACAUCCAGAUCAGGCAGGAGAGAUCCAAGGACGCCUGGCAGAGAUUCAGGAAGUGUGGGAAGAGUUGAACUCUACCAUGAAGCGACGUGAGGAGUCACUGGGUGAAGCCAGCAAGCUGCAAGGCUUCCUUAGGGAUCUGGAUGACUUCCAGUCCUGGUUGUCCCGCACCCAGACAGCCGUGGCCUCAGAGGACAUUCCCACUUCUCUGCCUGAGGCUGAGAGUUUGCUAGCCCAGCAUGAGAGUAUCAAGAAUGAGGUGGAUAACUAUAAGGAGGACUAUGAGAAGAUGCGUGCAGUCGGCGAGGAGGUGACCCAAGGCCAGACAGAUGCCCAGCACAUGUUCUUGGCCCAGAGGCUCCAGGCACUGGAUACUGGCUGGCAUGAGUUGCGUCGCAUGUGGGAGAAUCGCCACAGUCUUUUGGCCCAAGCUUUUGACUUCCAGACUUUCUUGAGAGAUGCAAAGCAGGCAGAAGCCUUCCUGAACAGCCAGGAGUAUGUGCUGUCCCACACAGAAAUGCCCACCAGUCUUCAGGGAGCAGAGGAGGCCAUUAAGAAGCAUGAGGAUUUCCUCACUACCACAGAGGCCAGUGAGGAGAAGAUAACUGGUGUGGUGGAGACUGGACGGCGCCUCAUUAAUGACUCUAAUGCAAACUCUGAUAAGAUCCAAGAAAAAGUUGAUUCCAUCCAGGAAAGGCAUCUUAAGAAUAAAGAGGCUGCAAAUGAAUUGCUGACGAAGCUUAAGGACAACCGUGAACUUCAGCACUUCCUCCAAGAUGGGCAGGAGCUCACAUUGUGGAUCAAUGAGAAGAUGCUGACAGCACAGGACAUGUCUUAUGAUGAGGCCAGAAAUCUUCACAGCAAGUGGCAGAAGCACCAGGCCUUCAUGGCAGAGCUGGCCUCUAACAAAGACUGGCUAGACAAAAUUGACAAGGAGGGUCAGGCGCUUGUGGCAGAGAAGCCUGAGCUAAAACCCGUUGUCCAGCAGACCCUGGAGGACCUACAGCGUCAGUGGGAGGAGCUGGAGAGCACCACCCGCACCAAGGCCCAGUGUUUGUUCGAUGCUAACAGGGCAGAGCUCUUUACACAGAGCUGCUCCGCUCUAGAUGUCUGGCUGAAAAACCUUGAGGGUCAGCUGCAGAGUGACGAUUAUGGCAAAGAUUUGACCAGUGUCAACAUCCUGCUCAAGAAGCACCAGAUGCUCGAGCACCAGAUGGAGGUCCGAGAGAAGGAGGUGCAGUCCCUGCAGUCUCAGGCUCUGGCCCUGUCCCAAGAGGAUGCCGGACUGGCUGAGGUAGAUGGUCAGCAAAGGCGCGUCACUGACAACUUCUCAAACCUUCAGGAGCCCCUCAGACUCAGGAGACAGCAACUGCUCGCCUCCAAAGAAGCACAUCAGUUCAACAGAGAUCUGGAGGAUGAAAUUCUAUGGGUGAAAGAGAGGAUGCCCCUGGCGACCUCCACAGACCAUGGAAAAGACCUGCCAACUGUUCAGCUGCUAAUCAAGAAAAACCAGACAUUGCAGAAAGAGAUCCAGGGCCACCAGCCCCGCAUCGAUGACAUCCACAGACGAGGAAAGACUCAGAGCCAGGUAGAUGGUGAGAGACAGUCUGUCCUAGAGGAGCGUCUUGUUGAACUGAGGGACCUUUGGGACCAGCUGAUUGCUGAGACAGACAAGCGUCAUGCCCGUCUAAUAGAGGCCAAUCGCGCCCAGCAGUUCUAUGCUGAUGCAGCAGAGGCAGAGGCCUGGAUGGGCGAGCAGGAGCUGCACAUGAUGUCAGAGGAAAAAGCUAAGGAUGAGCAAAGCGCACUGGUGAUGGUCAAGAAGCACCAGACCCUUGAACAGGCACUUGAAGACUACGCUCAAACCAUUCACCAGCUAGCCAACAGCAGCCGCCUCAUGGUCACGAGUGAACACCCAGAGAGCGAGAGAAUCACCUUACGGCAAGCCCAAGUGGACAAGCUGUAUGCAGGGUUGAAAGACCUCGCUGAGGAGCGUCGUGGGCGGCUUCAGGAGAGACUGCGGCUGACCCAGCUGAAGCGGGAGGUGGAUGACCUGGAACAGUGGAUUGCUGAGAGGGAGGUGGUUGCUGGCUCCCAUGAACUAGGACAGGACUAUGAACAUGUCACAAUGCUGAGGGACAAGUUCCGGGAGUUUGCUCGUGACACCAGCACCAUCGGCCAGGAGCGUGUAGAUGGUGUAAAUGGACUGGCAGAUGAUCUGAUUGAGUCGGGUCAUCCUGAGAACGCCAGUGUGGCUGAGUGGAAGGACGGGUUAAACGAGGCCUGGGCAGACCUGCUGGAGCUGAUUGACACACGCACACAAAUGUUGGCAGCCUCCUAUGAGUUGCACCGCUUCCACCAGGAUGCCAUGGAGGUGCUUGGCCGUGUUAAGGAGAAGAGGGAGGCGCUUCCUUCUGACCUGGGCCGUGAUCUGAACACUGUUCAACAUCUACACAGACAGCACAACACUUUUGAACAUGACAUCCAGGCCCUCAGUGGACAGGUGAACCAGGUGCAAGAUGAUGCAGCACGGCUGCAGAAGGCUUACGCUGGAGAGAAAGCCGAUGACAUUCACAGGAGUGAACAUGCCGUGACUUCUGCAUGGGAGGGCCUGCUUGAGGCUGGUCAGGCCCGCAGGCUCCUCCUGCUGGACACUGUGGAGAAGUUCCGCUUUUUCAACAUGGUGCGAGACCUCAUGCUCUGGAUGGACGGUGUCAACCUUCAGAUUGACGCACAUGACAGCCCCAGGGAUGUAUCGUCUGCAGGGCUGGUAAUUGCCAAUCAUCAGGACAUCAAGUCAGAGAUUGAGACCAGGGCAGACAGCUUUACUGCCUGUAUUGAGAUGGGAAAUACUCUCAUCAACAAUAAUCACUAUGCAGCUGAUGAGAUUCGGGAGAAACUGAUUCAACUCCAGGAAAAGAGAGACAAGAUCAACAAAAAGUGGCAAGACAAGAUGGACCAUUUACAAAUUGUGCUGGAGGUGUUGCAGUUCGGACGUGAUGCCUACGUGGCAGAGUCUUGGUUGGCAGGGCAAGAACCUCUGGUGCGAGCAGCAGAGCUGGGCUCAAAUGUGGAUGAAGUAGAGAGCCUAAUUAAGCGCCAUGAGGCCUUUGAGAAACUUGCUGCAGCCUGGGAAGAGCGCUUUGUCCUGCUGGAAAAACUCACUACACUCGAGGAGCAGGAGAACCAGAGGAGGCGAGAGGAAGAGGAGAGGGCGCGGCGACCCCCUACACCACCUCCAGCUGAAGAAGUGGCACAAUCUGAGACGGAAAGUCAAGUGCAUGAUUCUGCAGCCAGAACCAGUCUGGACCAGACCACACUCAAUCAGUCGGUGUCAGUGAAUGGAGUACACAGUGACAAUGACACAUCUCAGGGCUCGGAGUCUGAGUCGGUGAACGGACCAGGUAGGGACAGUGGGCUGGCCUCUUCUCGCCUUGAGCCUUCUGCCACGUUACCAAGCAGGGGUGGAGCAGAGUCUGAGCCAGAAACCAUGGAGGGGAUGCUCUGUCGAAAACAGGAGAUGGAGUCCCACAGCAAAAAGGCAGCUAGCAGGUCCUGGCAGAACGUGUACUGUGUCCUAAGAAAAGGAAGUCUCGGUUUCUAUAAAGACGGCAAGAGCGCUAGCAAUGGCAUUCCAUACCAUGGAGAGGUACCCAUCAGCCUCGGAGAGGCUGUGUGUGAGGUAGCCCAUGACUAUAAGAAGAGGAAACAUGUAUUCAAGCUCAGGCUAGGGGAUGGAAAAGAGUAUCUGUUCCAAGCAAAGGAUGAGGCGGAAAUGAGCUCCUGGAUCCGGUCCAUCCUCGGCUCCAUUCCAACAGGGCCAGGAGACUCGCCCGGAGGUCCACGCGCCCUCAGCCGUGCCAUGACGAUGCCUCCCAUCUCCCCCAGCUCAGGUGAUGCUGGGGGUGUUACAAUGCGCAACAAAGAGGGGAAAGAGAAGGAUCGUGAGAAGAGGUUCAGCUUCUUUGGCAAGAAGAAAUAGAACACUUGUAAAAUCAUGGAAACAACAUUUGUCAAAUUUCAAAGAAGUGAAGCAGAAAGGAAAGUACAAACCGGUCACACAAACACACUGCUCUCAGUGCAGGCCCCAAGGAAUUUGUCCACAGCUACUGUAUGUGGCAUACAGAGAACUUUUUCUGUUUCUUUUCUUUCUCUUGGAUUCUCUCCCUCGCUGGGUUUUAUCUGUCAUUUACUUUUCCGUUCACCCAAUCCAUAUUUCACAUUUAGCUGCACCCAACGAUGAAAGCCCUCAUCCAAAGGUGAUUUCAGCCAACCAGCAGAGCUUAUUAGUCUGAGUCAGUGAGUGGUGUGGUUGUCAUUAGCAGGGAUCCAGGCCCAGUUCAGUUCCAUUCCACCAAAUCGGCCCUUCCUCAGCAUGAAUAUUUUCUCUUCAGUGAGUCUUAACUAGCAGAGCCAUUUGAUGCCGUGUCACUAAUAAAACACUGGAUGGUGGCUUUCUACUGUGGUGCAUUCUGGUUUUAUUCCCCCUACUUUCAAGCGCUCUCACUUUGGGAAAGAUCACAUCGGUCUCUUUUUCUGUUCUUGGUAUUGAUUUUAUUAACCUUACCAAAUAUUAUUGCUGUUAUCACUAUCAUUAUUAUUAUUAUUAUUUAUCUUUUGUUAUUGCUGGUUUGAGAAAACAAACUAAUUCAUUUGACAGUAGAUAAUCUUGAUUCAUGUUGUGGAGAGAAAUAAAUUUGGUUACUAGUGGAGAAUGUUGGGCUUGCCCUUGUAUGUAUUAUUUUGUUUCUUUCCUUUUUUUUAGGAAUGACAGUUAAUGAGGUGUUUUGAGAAAAAAUAAAGCUCUUUAAAUUUUAGCAGUGUGUAGUAAGUAAUCACAAGUUUCAUUGGGAAAAUGAUAUAUAUAUAUUUAAUAAGUGGUUUUAUUUUUUAUUUUAUCUUUAAUUUUGCCUGUAUUUGAUUAUUUCUUUUGAGUGAUCUUUUCUGCUUGAUUUUCAACUUUCUUUUUUUCUGUACAAAGCAGAGAAGAUUAGUUUUCUAGUGUGUGUGUGUGUGCGUGUGUGUGUGUUUGUGUGUGUGUGUGUGUGUGAGUUGUGGUGCUGUGGAUUUUGCACGUUUAUGUUAUUCCUAAUCAAACGUGGCCAGAUGGAUGCUGCUUUUCGGUACGCAAAUGCAGACGAAAACCAGACACAAACUGAAACUAGCAUUACCUGAAUGAUUUCAAAAAAUUUGCUUUUCUUUGCUUUUGGUUUUUAUUAUAUGUAAGAUGACAUUACCAAUGAAGUUCCUCAAGAUGGUUUCAUUAUUUCUGUUUCAGUCUUCUAAUACCGAUUUGCGUUCUCUCUCCAUUUUAUGGUGUGAAGGCGUGGGGCAGUUUGUAGAUAUAAAGCUGAAGCACAUGUGAGCAGGACAGAUGGACAACUGACAGGUCUCAUUACAGGUGAAGUGAGGGGUGUGGAAGUGAGAUUGGAGAGGCAGUGAAGAAUGCAUUUUAUGUGCUGCCUGACAGAGAGAGGUGUACUGAGCCUUACUUGAACCCACUACAGAUACGCUGAACCCUUUUUACAGACCCACCUUCCAUUCAGACAGUCCUAACGGAAGCUUUCUUAGUACAAGAAGAAGAAUGUUAAAAAUGUGCCCUGUGGCAAUGAUCUAAUGUAUGUCAGUCGAUUACAUUUACAGGUACAACAGAAAUUAACAGAAACCACGGAAAGCUCUGCUCACUGGCGGUGGCAGAGAGGGAAAAGCCCUAAAUUCUCUCUUAGACGAGCUUUGUGCUCUUGCAUAUGUGGCAUGACUUCAUGUACAUUUAUACUUGUAUGUGUCUCAUCAUCUUUUCUCUUCUGUGUUGAUGUACUCUGAAAACAUGAGAUCAACUGCAUUGAGACAUGAGAGCAACUAAUUAAAUGUAAUUGGCAUUUACACUUAUCUAAAACAAGAUAAUGCUUAUAGUUAAAAAAAUGUUUGUUAGUUUCUUCAAAUACUGUACAUGAUUGAAAGGCAAAGGGUGUGUACAGUAUAUUAUGAGGCUGUAUGCAGUAGCGCAAUUUUAUAUAAAUAUAGUGAGACCAUUGGAUUGGUAUGUAACUGUUAUUAUAAUGAGUAACUUCAAAGUGUUAAUUUACCCUUUGUAACUGCCAAAAUGCAACAGGAAGUUACUGGACAAGAUAUCAUAAUUUAAGAUUAUCUUACAAGUAGGUUGCAGGUAAUCACUUAUUUGUAGUUUAUUACAUCUUGAAAGUAACUCUUUAAAGCUGGAUGUGUGUACCAUGCCUCGGAGGGCUGAUUAGUUCACAGGAAUGUCACACUAAACUGUUGUGAUAACACAAACAGCUGGAAGUAAACUUGCAUUUGCUUGCAGUUUAAACAGCUUGGCCUUAUUUUCCAGUCCCAAAUGAAUGUGGAACAAUGGCUCUAAUCAGACUCCCUCAAAAUCAGAGAAGUAUCUGAGGAUCCACUUUGAGACUAUUGAACUGGGUUCAGUUAACGGCACCCGGUCCAAACUUUUUGCCUUGGCUCUGUCAGUGGGACUUUGUAUCCCAGGUGUGACAGAGCUUCUAGUUUCAGUGUAGUUUAAGUAGCCUUAAAAUAAAGGCUAACCAGGUUAAUAAGGUCAUUGCAUACAUAAGUGAGCCAACGCAGUUAGCAUACAUUGUGCACAAUCCCCAGUGGAUGAUGAGCUCUCGUAGUGACUCUCGCUACCUUUUCUCUGCUCUGGACAUCAGGCACAGCAUCCAGUUGAUGUUAGGGAGUUCAAGUUUAAAGGUCACAGUGUAUUUUCUUAUCAGCUCAUUUGAAUGUGUGAUGAUUCAAAUUAGUUUGGCCAAAUUGGUCAUGUGAAGCAAAAAUAUCUCUCAUACUUGACGUACAUGAGCUCUCUCUCUUUCACAUACACACACUCGCACAUUAACACUGUACUGUAUAUUUAAUGCAGAAUGACCCUGGCAAUCCAGUCUUGUGGAAAUGUCCUCAGCUGGCUGUGAUUCGAUGUUGCAUCCUUUUAAAAUAACAUUGUGCUACUGGUGAGCUUUGACCAGAACUUGGAAAGUAUGUAUUAUUGAUGUCAAAGAGAUGAGUUUUUGGUUAUGAGAGUACUUGUAACAAUGGAGUGCUUAAUGAAGAAAAAAAAAAACAACUUUUACUUGUUGAGUA